GACUACCUUCGCUACUCGUUCUUUAUUGUUCGUCAAAGUUCUUCCUUUAUGGUUUGGAUCAAUUUGCUUAUCUAUUUCUGUUGCACGUGAUGGUGCGGCUGAGCCUGCCUGUUCAACGCCUUUGCACUGCCUUUACACAGCCUCCACACAGCCUUCACGCGGCCCACCAUCAUGACACAUAGAGCGCUACUAUCUCCCCUGCGAUCCCGUGGCCGUCCCUCCGGAUUACUUGUAAAUUGCCCGCUCUCUUGAACUAUCGUUAUUGCGAUGCGACUCCUUUACUUUGAUGGUUCCGGGCGACUCACCUCGACGAAUUUUAGCCAAGAAACAAUUCCGCCAUAUGCCAUUCUUUCCCACACCUGGUGUGAUGACGAGUUCCUCUUCGAAGAUCUGAUGAAUGGCACUGGACAUGGCAAGGCUGGCUAUAAAAAGAUUAUGUUCUGCGGUGAACAAGCGGCUCAUGACCAUCUACAGUACUUUUGGGUCGACACUUGUUGUAUUGACAAAUGGAAACUCCGCGAACUGUCAAACGCGAUAAACUCUAUGUUCCAGUGGUAUGAGAAUGCGGCAAGAUGCUACGCUUUCCUCUCGGACGUCUCGACGCCUAUGGCAGAUGCACAUCUGCACGAGGGUACAUGGGAUGCAUCCUUUCGAAAGAGCAGAUGGUUUACUCGAGGCUGGACGCUUCAAGAACUCCUAGCUCCAGCAUUAAUCGAGUUCUUUUCCUCAGAUCGUCAGCGACUUGGGGACAAAGACUCCCUCAAGCAGCAGAUCCAUGAGAUUACUCGCAUCCCGGUUACAGUGUUACGGGGCGAUCCUCUCGACGAAGUUAGCGUUCCCGAGCGAAUGGCAUGGAUGGCGGGCCGCCAGACAACGCAAGAAGAAGAUAUGGCGUACUCUUUGAUUGGAAUUUUCGGUGUGUCCAUGGAGUUCAGAUACGGCGAAGGAAUGAAGAGAGCACUGGAGCGACUCCAGGAGGAAAUGGAAAAAGGUACUGUUUACACAACUAACACCACGCCGUUUAUCGUACCAUUUGACCAAAACACUCGAUUUACUGGUCGCGAAUCGCAACUGGCCGAGCUGGAAGGAAAGCUCUUCGUCGGAGCAUCAACUACAAAGGUCGCAAUUACAGGCCCGGGUGGGAUAGGCAAAACACAGCUAGCGCUGGAGUUGGCGUACAGAAUCAAAAAAAAGCUUAAGAACUGCUCAGUCUUCUGGAUAUCUGCAAGCGAUAAGGAGAGCCUCUAUCAAUCGUAUGCGCACAUUGCCCGACGGCUUAACAUUCCAGGUUUGGAUGAUGAGAAGGCGGAUGUCAGGAAGCUGGUACAACUCCACUUAAGCAGCGAGAGCGCAGGGCAAUGGCUCCUCGUUUUCGACAACGCGGACGAGGCUAAGGCAGUCGGCCUGAUGGAGUUCCUACCAAGCUCUGGGCAGGGGGCUAUCAUCUUCACAACAACUAACAGGAAGACGGCCGCGAAACUGGCACCACAAAGUAUUGUAGAGUUGCCAGAGAUGGAACAGGACACGGCUCGAAGGAUGCUAGAAACGUAUUUGGUCAACCCGGCGAACGAGCAAGAGAAGGCGGACCUCUUGCUCAAAGGGCUGGCGUACCUCCCUCUAGCUAUUGUGCAAGCAGCAGCCUACGUCAAUAUCAACAAGAUAACGCUUCCAGAAUAUCUAUCACUACUAGCUGAGAAAAUGGAGGGUUUAGUUGAACCUCUUCAUCGAGAAUCUGAGAACGUGAUAGCUGCAACCUGGCUUAUUUCGUUCGAGCAGAUUCGUCGCCACGAUACUUUGGCAGCUGAUUAUUUACUCUUUAUGGCGUGUGUAGACCGAAACGACGUUCCGCUCGCUCUUCUCCCGGCGGCCUCGCCGCAUGAGCAGGGAAUACACGCGGUAGGAACCCUCGACGCCUACUCAUUUGUCACCAAACGAACAGCUGAAUCAGCGCUCGACCUCCAUCGACUGGUGCAUGUCUCGACACGCAACUGGCUUGAAAAAGAGGGAUUGCUGAGUCAACAGAGUCAAGUAGCCAUUACACGUCUGCUUGAGGUGUUCCCAGACGAUAAUCAUGGGAGCAGAAGCAAGUGGAGACGAUUGCUUCCGCAUGCUAAGUUUGCUCUAUUAUCUGGCCUCACUGGACAAGAGGACGAGGCUAAGACAAACUUGGUAUGGAAAUGUGCCAUGACCUUGAAUAGUGACGGGCGGUGGAAGGAGGCCGAAGAGCUGUUUGUGCAAGUGAUGGAGACGAGCUCGAGGGUGCGUGGGGACGAACAUCCAGACACGCUGACCAGCAUGGCCAACCUAGCAUAUACGUGGAAGUCUCAAGGCCGGAACAGGGAGGCCAUCUCAUUAAUGGAAAGGUGUUUUGAGCUACAGAGGCAGAUUCUUGGCCCUCAACAUCCUAGCACAGAGACUUCGCUUGAAGCUCUAAAUGAGUGGCAAAUGGAGAACAGAGAUUAG